AUGAAGAGUAGUCUGCCAGUGUAUGUUUACCUUGGAAUGUUUUAUAUGUUCACGUCGGUUUCUACAACACCUUUCCCAGCAAAACAACUGAGAUCGACGAUGCCAGUAUCAACUGAAUACAAACGUUUGGCAACACGUUGUUUCAUCGAUGAUUAUACAACAUGGUCAGAAAAAUAUCAGUUUUUGUUAUUUAUGCUUCGCAUGGCUGAUGUAUUGAAUAUGGCUGAUCAAGAUAGAGAGUCGUUAUUGAAACAAUGGGACCAAAUGCGUCUUCAACAGCAAUGUUUACGCUUUAUCGAACGGCUACCGGUCUCUGUUGGUCCUGGGUAG